AUGGCUUUUCUCAUCGCAAAUUUGUUAAUUAUUACGUUUUCAUGUUCAAUGAUUCUAGUUAAAGGAAGUAUCGUUGAUCGCUUAAAGCUUCUUCUAGAUGAGCCUCAAUUCGCUGUGAAGCCAACAUAUAAUCCAGCAGUUUAUGGUGUGAAAUUUUCUGAAGAUCAAAUGAAAGAAUUACUUCGAAAUGCUCUUCAGUGGAGAGAACAGCGUUCAUAA